AUGAAAAAAUAAGAUUCAAAAAAAACAAUUCCUUUGGUAGCUAAAAAGGCAGAAAUUAUUUUUUCUUUACCUAAUUGCUAACCUACUGGCUCCUAUUAUCUUCCUUAAAUCAAUUAAUAAAAUGGAUAUUUUUAAUAAAAUCCUAUUACAAACAAUUAAAAUUAAACAACUUAAUAGUAAGUAAAUUAAACUAAUGGAAUGAUUCGAUCUGCAUCAGGGACUGCAUUUCAUCCUUCUUAAUAAUAGUCCUAAAGGACUGUCUCAGAAAUACGUAAAGUUGGAUCUUAAAAAGUAUUAUCUAGAGUUAAUCAUGGUCUGAUUACUAAUGGACCAUAAACUCAAUCUUAAACAUAACUUCCUUAGGCUCAAGAGAAUAAAAAAACAAAUAUUCCUCCAACUACUCCAUUCAUAAAUUUAGAAAGAGAUAACUAUGCUUAAGAUAUAGCAAGAAGAAAGCUAUUUAUGCAAGAUUUGCACAGCGAUUUACAUACUAAAUAAUAUAUUUCUGAAAUCAAUUAGAUUUCUAAGCAACCUCCUAAAAAGAAAACUCGUCGUCAUAAAACAAAAUUCCAUAUAGUGAAAACAAAUAAGAAUAUAGAAAAGCUUUCUAAUAUAAUUUGCAAUUUCAUUUAAGAUAAUAAGAAAUUUACUGGAUCAGACGUUGCAGUUGUGCCUUAAUAUGAAAAAAAUGCUCCGUUUGCUUAAAGUACACUAGAUUUUGCGGAUUAAUUAAUUGAAGAUAAAUAGCAUUUUAAAGAAAAGUAUGGGUUUGAUGAAAAUAAUUUAAGAAGAAACAAAUGUGUGCUUGAAUAAGUAGUUUUAAAUAGGAUGGAAAAGCGUGUUCGUACAAGAGAAAAAAAUUAAUAGCUUAAAAAAGCAAAGCAAGGUAUUCCAGAUAACCCAUAUUAUUAUGAUGGUAAUAGUUAAUCAAUAGAUGGAGAUGAUAUAAUAGCUCGUUUAGAAAAACCUGUUGAAAAUAAAAACAUAUAGCUUGCACUACCAAAAAUAUAGGAAACCAAUGAAGAAAAUUGA